GCGGGCGGUGCAGCCGGGCGGGCGGGAGGAGGAGGAGAAGGAGAAGAAGAAGGGGGAGAGGGGGGGGUUCUCCCCUUUGUUGCAUGGGGGUGUCCAGCCGGGGCUGAGGGAAGGCAGGGAGGGGGUCGGUGCCUCCCGCUGCCCCAUGGCCCUCGCUGAGGGGGCGGCCGUGCCCUACGCCGUGGAGCUGGGGCUCACCGUGCUCCACACGGCGCUCUACGCCGCACUCUUCCUCUUCGCCUACCUGCAGCUCUGGCUGCUGCUCUACUAUCGCGAGCGGCGGCUGAGUUACCACACGCUCUGCCUCUUCCUCUGCCUGCUCUGGGCAGCCCUCAGGACCACCCUGUUCUCCUUCUACCUGCAGAAUUCCCUGCAGGCCCUCCGCCUCCAGCAACCCUUCGCCCACUGGCUCCUGUACUGCCUGCCCGGCUGCCUCCUCUUCUCCAGCCUCUGCCUCCUCAACCUCUAUUUCGCCGAGGUCAUCUUCAAAGUGAAAUGUGCAGCUGAAUUCAACAAGUACAAGGUCCUGCUGUACCUGGGCUCCAUCCUCACCAGCCUCCUGUUCCUGGUUGUGAAUUUAACCUGUGCAAUGCUGAUCCAUGGAGAGGUUGCAGAGAAGCAGCUCAGGUGGACAGUCCUGGCCCGGGCUCUGGUCAACGACAGCCUCUUCAUCCUCUGUGCCAUCUCCCUGGCCUGCUGCAUGUGCAAACUGGGAAAGAUGUCUUCAGCCAAUGUCUACCUCGAGUCCAAGGGAACAUCUGUCUGCCAGGCUAUUCUGGUGGGAUCUGUAGUGGCCCUCCUGUAUUCCUCAAGGGCUUGCUAUAACCUGGUAGCUGUGGCCAUAUCUCCAGACAAUGUUCCUGGUCCUUUUAACUAUGGCUGGGACAACCUUUCAGACAAGGUGCACGUGGAGGUGAGCAGUGAGGAGUACGUGGUGUUUGGAGUGGUCCUGUUCCUCUGGGAGCUGGUGCCAACCACGUUCGUGGUGCUGUUCUUCCGCGCUCAGAGACUGAGCCAGAACCUGACUCCAGCAGGGAUGGUCAACAGCCACAGCUACAGCUCCAGGGCCUAUUUCUUUGACAAUCCCAGGCGCUACGACAGCGACGAUGACCUGUCACGGCUCGGGGCCAGGGAAGGAGGCUUGGCCACCCCUCAGUGCUCGGGCUGCUACGGUUCCCUGGCUGGCACCGAGGGCGCCGCGGACAGCGCGCCCUUGCUCUGCGGCUCGGAGAGCAACCAGCACCAGCACAGCUCCCACACAGCUGCCCCACACAACUGAGGAGGCUCCCUCUCUCUUCCCACAGUGGCACUCGUGUAUAGGAUUGUAACCUGGUUUUUCCUCUUUUCCUCCUCUGCCCCCUGAAGCAUUAACUCAUGACACAAACAUUCCACUACUGCCGCAGCCGCGCGGGGCUGCGGGCACUGCAGUCACAGAACUGUGACUUUAAGGUACCAUGUAGCAAAGUGAAGCUGAACUCUCUGGAAGCUUUUUUUUUUUGGUUUUUUUUUUUUUUUUUUCCUUGGUCUGGUCUUCAAGAUGUUGGCAGCUAAAUGCACCAGAGCUUCCUCACUAGAAAAGAAACAUCAAAUGCAUAUUUGCACUUUUAUCUGCACACUUGGAAGGAACGAAUCUCGCUCGGGCCGUGCGUGGCCUGAGACUGUUCUAGUUACUGUUUUAAUUGCACAUCCAGAGCUGGGAGAGGCACUGUCUUCUGCAGAGAUGUGUUCCCUGAAGGCCUCUGCAUCCUGCCUCCCUGGGAGCAGGGAGCUCUGUCUGGGCAGGGCCCCUGGUGCUGGAUGCUGGAGUUUUCUGUGCCAUAUUCCCACCUGGCAGGGCUGGGUGAGCCCUGGGGCUCGGGGGGUCUUGCCCUGCCUGCUGGUCCCACCUGUGGCUCAGAGCUGAGGGAGGUCACUGCUCUGCUGGCACAGGGACAGGGCUGCCUUGUCCCUGCAGGGAGAGGCUGGAGCUGGCUCAGCAGGAGUGUGUGUGCAGGAAUGGGUGUGAAUCCCGGGCUGCUGCACCCCCUGGGUGCUGGGAGCAGCCCUGCUCCCCCUCCUCCUUGCCCACAGUGGGGCUCCCCUCGUCCCCCUCAGUAUUAAAUUGCAUUUAGCAGAUAACCAGGAUCUUUAACCAGAAGUGAAUGUGAACUGCUGGGUCCCCACUGAGGUGCAGGGGGUGUGUGGCUGCCUGUGGAACGUUGCUGUUGCUGAAGGAAGGGGCAGAAACCACAGGGAUGUGAUCCUUGUGCUCCUUACUCUGCCCUCCCCGUGGACCUGGGGCCUCCCAGGGUGGGAGUGCUGGGCCAGGCCCCCAAAACAGCCAAGUUUGAGCUGGCCUGGGCUCUUUGGAGAUGAGGCUUGGUGUUAUUCCUGGGGCUGAGCAGAGCAGCUUUGCCUAAAGGCUCUGGUGCAGGGAGGGAGCUGCUCUGACCAUGGGGCAAAUCCACCCUGGGCCUGCUUUUAACGUGCCCGGUGGGACAUUGGGGACAGGGAAUGCAGUGCUGGGGACAGCACCUGGCAGCUGUGAGAGCAACCCCAGCCCUGGGGCAUCCUCUCCUGGCCAGCCUGGCCCCCUCAGCCCUGGGGCUGUGCUGAGCUCGGUGUCCCUUGUGUGUCCCUGUGUGUGCCCUGUGCUCUCCCUGCUCCCCACUCCUGUCUCUUUUUGGCAGCUCUGAGCACAGCCCUGAGGCAGAGCUGAGGCCCAGCUGCUGCCCUGGGUCCUGGCAGGAACAGGCUGCUCCAUCUCAAUCCCUGCUUGGCUCAUGGCAAAGCUGGUCAAGGGCCUGGCACUGCCACCCUUCCUUCUGCCCCCCAUGAGCCUCCAAAGACAGCAAGUGACACUCGUGGCCCCUGUUCUUGCUUAAAUUCCAAAGCACUAGGAGCACUUUAAGUUUUACUUUGGAGGGAAAGGAGUGUAGUGCAAAAAAUAAAAAAACAAAAAAAAAAAAAA